AUGCCGAAGCGAUGGUCAGCCACAUAUGAGAAGAUGUUAGAAGUGCAGAAGAAAUUAGAAGAAAAUGAAAAACUGCCUGGAUCGCGAGUUUACAACACGAAAAUCUAUGAUCUUGUAACAAAUGAUGACUAUCCCACUAAAGAAAGCGAUAAUAAAGAAAACCAGUUUACUCCUCCCUUCUUACGAGAUGCUAUGGGAUUUGUGAAGUCAUUUUCUGGAGCUAAUAACUUACGCAUUCUCAGUCCUCGCUUGGCUCCGUUGCUACCUGACAAAGCGAAAUCGAGAGGUUUUCUGUCACCAGCUUUAUUUCCAAUGUACAAAGAUGAGUCAGAGCAGCAGAUUUUGCCCGUGCCAAAGGUGGGCAUUAAUCGGAUAACCGAAUAUGUUCUCGGCAUUUAG